AUGAUGACUGCACCUUCGCGUCCAGGUGGCAAGCGGCUUCCUAUCAGUUGCCAAGCAUGUCGAAUAAGAAAAAUUCGUUGCUCACGAGAUGGACGGCCUUGCCAAACAUGUGUUCGACGAGGACUAGGUGCGCAAGACUGUGUAUAUCUGGGCCAACCACGACUAUCAUCAGAGAAUACAUUGAGCACAGACUCCGCUGUACAGACCAAACUGCUUGCACGCAUCCGCCACUUGGAGGAUUUACUCCAGAAACAAGCUAGUUCCCAAUUAUGCAACCCUCAUUCACCACUUGUAUCGCCAAGCUUAACGGGGAGCUUCUCUGAUCUGGAUAGCGCAAUCGGUGGGAGGCCUGCAGACAAUCCAAGAAGCCCUCUGUUAAGCAGUGUGGGCACUUUGCAGACAUUUGCAUCGGGAUACGUGCGCUAUUUACCAUUGACUCCACAAUGGAGAACAACAAACCCCGCAGGCUCUUCCAGCGAUUCUCUCCCUGAUAUAAACUCAGAGGUACCUGAUGAUGACGAUGACCUGCACCUUCCCUUCACGGGGAGUGCAGCACCCAGGGGAGAGCUGUUAGCUAUACUUCCACCGGGCCGGUAUUGUGAUAAACUCAAAGAGGUCUACUUUCGAGUCUUUUCUCCUCUGUUCCAUAUCCUUCACGACCUAACGUUUGAAGCCGAGUACCAACAGUUCUGCCAUGACCCAAACAGUGUCACAACUGCAUGGAUUUCUCUCUUAUUUACCAUCCUUGCUGUUGCUAUCACUGCCCUCCCUGACGAUGACCCUAUACUUUCUGAUCUCGGCCGUGAGAAAACCGUUACCCGCAAUGUGAAGGUCCUUUCCUCACGCUACCGCUCUGCUGCUUUGAGGUGUCUGUCAGCAGACGGCGUUCUUUCUCGCCAUUCUAUCAACUCUCUCCAGUCCCUUAUACUGAUCAGUUACGCACGCCUUCACCGUGGACUGCCGACCUGGACGCUCUUGGGUUUUACUCAUCAUGUUGCAACUUCAAUGGGAUGCCAUAUUGACCCCGGUCGAUUUAAUCUUGGCCCAAUAGAACGCGAAGAACGUCGACGGGCCUGGGCAGGAUUAACAAUGCUAUAUACUAGCCAGAAUAUCACACAUGGCAAUUCAAAUCCCGGAUCUACCUCACUAGAGGUGCAGCUUCCUUUAGACGUGAAUGAUGUGGACCUCCUCACUGGCACUGUCUCAGAACCAGCUCCUCGUCCAACCCAAAUGACCUAUCUCCUCCUGCAGCACAAGCUCCACAACAUCUCGUCUCUAAUAACUGAGGCCCUCUUCACCUUCCCGCCGAGGAAUACAGUCGCGCAGCUCGAAAUCGAGAUCCUCAGUGUACACGAGAUAUGCGAGAGGCGAUACCACCUGGAGCCGGACUCCGAACCUCUUCCGGUCCACCAUCUCGCCAAUUUGAACAUCCUCUACAGCUAUAUCCAUCAACUCCUUCUCCUCCUUUUCCGCCCGGCCUUGUGCCGAUAUCUACAGAGUGACAUCACUGCCGAGACCUGCAUCGCACGUGCAAAGUGCAUUGCUUCUGCAAAGACCUCUCUCGCCAUUCAUCAGACCCUCCGAAAAUCACCAAAUUUUGCUUCUUACAAGUGGUACAGCAGCAACUUGGGGAGCUUCCACGCAUUCCAUGCCGCCGUCAUCCUCUGCGCCGUGUUGAUAUACUCUGAGGACCAGUACGAGAGUGCUGAGAUUAAGGAGCUUUUAUGGAAGUCUCUCGAUGUCUUUGUAUCUCUUUCCAACCGCAGCAACUUUUGCAGCAAGGCCGUUCCUGUUCUACGUCAACUGAUUGGCACUGCUUGCUCCAAAUCCAUUCAGCAUCGCCCAGAUCACCAACCGCGAGUCUUAACACCCGUAGACUCGAAUGCCGGCAUGCUCACGCCCCAAACUCCGACAACAAGCUAUUCUCACUCGCCUGCGGAAUAUUUUACAGAAUCUCUAGUCGCGCGACUCCAUCCACAGAACUGGUUGGCGCCGUCCUCAGUAUCAUUUGACGGAUGGGAUUGCCUUUCCCUCUUGCUAUCCCCUUCAUCCGCCCCAGUUAUUAGUUGA